GUUAGGGACGAGCAUGGGCCUUAAGCAUGUCAGAUCCUCGAUACCGCAACAAACAUCGAUCACUUUGGCCCCCCAGACGAGUCAGCACAAGAUUAUCUACGUCACAAGGUACAAUACAUUACGACACACCACAUCAUUAUGACAAUUCAUCAGCUGUUGCAUCAUCUACUGGAGUAGAAAUACCUGCAGACACUGUCAUUGUGCAUCUUCCUGGAGUGUCUCCUUCUAGAAGUUCCACCAAGGAUGGACAUGAAGGUGAAUAAAAUUGAAUUUGAAUCUUGGUAAUAAAAUUUUAUUUUAGCACAAUUUUUUCAAUUCAAUUUUGAAAAUGAUAAAAGCAGAGAAAAGUCAGGUCACUCUCUCAAACUAAUCAGAUGUGAAUCUAACACCAAAGGCUUCUAAUUUGAUCACAUUUUCUCUGUUUCAGGAAGAUCAAUCAUUCUUGCAUUAAGUUUUCAUUAUUUUGUUACUAGCUACCACACAUUUCCUUGUAAAUUAGUUAUGAGAACUUGGUGCUAGAUCAAGAUGGCAGCUUCUACCUGAUAAGUUUGAAUAUUCUCAUUGCCUGUUUGCUGAAUAAUGUAUGGAUAUUUUAGGGGGAAGUUUCAUGUUAAUCACUUCUGAGAGUUAAAGGGUUAACAGUGUUUUUAUAAGUUGUGGUUUUAUAACACAUGUAAAAAAAACCAUAAAUAUUACAGCCUGUUUCUAUGAACGAUGCCUCCCUGUUUUCCCCCAAAUUUCUUUAACAAACAAGCAGUGCAAAUUUGCACUUGGUGCAUGUUUGCACAAAUUAACAGAAUCCAUCAAAAAUCUUUAAGUUUGUUUCAAAUUCCAGGCCACCACGUAAGCUACAAACAACCUAAUAAUAAACUGAAGAUUUCGUGUUGAUUUAUAUAAAAUUGUAUUGGAAAUUUGACAGGAAUUUACCAGAGUAAGAUUACACUUAACCCUUUACCUCCCAUGAGUGACCAAGACUGAAUUUCCCCUCACAAUAUCAAUACAAUAUCAACCAGAUAAGUGAUGAGAAUAAAGAAAAAUAUUGAUUAGGAGAUUAUUAGUUGAUCCAAUACCAAAUUCUCCAAACUAACAUCACAAGAACUAUAUGACAGACAGUAAGGAGAAUUACUAAUGAGAUCUUGGGAGUUAAAGGGUUAAGUCUACAACAGUGAGUUGGUUGAUACAUUUACACUAUGUUGUCCAUACUAAAAUUAUAAAUUAGGAUUCAAAGUAUUCUCCAUCUUCGACGUUAGUGUUUCUGCAGGUUUAUGUUGAAUGAAGCAAGCAGCACACAUAGAGAACAAUACAUGGGCGCACAUAGAUAUGGAAUAUCUCUUAGAGUGUUCAACUCAAUAGCUAAUGAGUGAGGGCAGCAAGCAAGCGAGAUGUCGAAAUGAACACAAGAAGAGAAAUUCCAUAUCAACCAGUUCCCAUGUAUUAUUUUAUUUUUCAUAUAAACUCAAUUAUAGCCCUUUACUGUCAAGAAAAGUCAACUUUAUUAACAAAUGAAAAUAGAAGGAUAGACAAUUCCUAAAUAAAAAUCAUAAAGUUAGGCUCAAGAUGAAAAAAUGUGUUGAAUCAUUACAAAACAAAGAUGGGUGUAAUGUAGAUAAACAAAAUUCUCAGUUAUUGACUUUGUCCUUUUGGGAAAAAUUGGCCUGUGGCAAAUCUUCCAGCAGUUGAUGUUCGUUGUCAGUGACAAGGAAUGUCAUUGCCAAAGCCACUGAAUAUGCAAGUUUUGGUUUUUCUUUUUGUAUUUUGGUUUUCCAUCCCUUCUAUAAAAGGUUAAAAGUCACUUCCUGUAAGCAAUACAGAUUUUUCAGUGUUUUAACAGCCAUAAUCCUAGAAAAUUCCAACAAACAACCUUGGACUGGGAAUGGUGAAGGCUUUGCCAUUCAUUUAUCAACCUGAGCAAAUGGCACAAAAAGCAAGUGAUGAGUAAGCAGCUGAUUGGCGUUAUCAAACACGUAAAAAAAUUUUGUUUUUUUUUCCACAUGGGUUGUUAUGGUUUUUCUAAGGGCUGGAAAUCCUUGUAUAACACUGUAGUUUAUAUGACAAUAAGUCAUUUUUCUCAAGCCUCUACUUGGACAUGAUUUAUUUUGAAUUCAUUUCACUAAAAACUUGUUUUCCAAAAUUUGAGUUACCAAACUUGGUAUGUGGAUUAUCUUUCAGUGUUUGGAAUGUUGAUAUUCAGCCACAGGAAAUGUUUUUCUUAUUUGACCAAGCAGGACUGCAAUACUGGGAGAAUAUAGGCCCAAUUUUUUGACAGUAUGGGUCAAUCACAGCAAGAUCAUCGCAAAAAGAAAAAAAAAUGGGCUAAUAUUCUCUUUGUAAGGCCAAGGGCAGGCUUGCUUGAUAGGAAAUAUGAUUGCACCAUGGGAAUCUGCCUUUAAUCCAUUGAUUUUAUGGUUUUCUUUGGUCAAAUUAGAUUAUUUAUAAAAUGCAGACAGGUUUACAGUUAUACAACAACAAAAAAACAGUUUAAAAGUAAAUAAAAAUAUAAUAAAGUUAUAUAUUUAUUAAGUUGUUUCCAAUAAACAGAAGGAUAGUUGUUAAUCAGAGUUACGUGAAAACCAAGUUUGCCAACAUUUUCUUUGCAAAGUGGGUAUAUCACACUGCAUGUUGUGCAGUUUGCUGCUGAAAAAACCAUUUAAUUGAAAUUGAGAUUAAAUGACUCAAUAGUAUUUUCAGACUCAAAAGGAGUUCAAACAAGUGACAAUGUUGGUUUUUAGAAGCAGACAAUGUACCAGUUUCUUACAUACUUGAAAAAAGUUAUUGACAGUAAUUCAGUUUUGCUAGCUUUGUAAUCAAAACUUUGAAAGUUUAGCAACUUGAAUGAACUUGGUCUAGAAUCUGUUACACUGCAGUCAAGAACUAUUUUGAAUUCACAACUGACAAUAUCAAUGGGAAACACGUCAUUCUGGAGUGUGAAAUAUGCUAUCCAGAGGAACAGGUACUCCAGGAUGAGUAUACUUCAUCCGUUAAGGCUAUAAAUUGGACUUUCAGGACAAGUGUCUACCUUUUGGUGUUAAAAUAACGUGAUUUUCAGUUAUAUUGAUCUUGGGCCAUCAAGGAGAUCUGAAAGGAAAGCCUAGGAUGAUAGAUUCAAAAUGUGGAUUGCUUCCCAAAGUCUGCAUUUUGAAGCAAAAUUUGAUUGACUAAGACAAUCACACUUUUGAAAUUGUCUAUCGAUUCAGACCCUUGUUGUUAACUGCUAAAGGACAAAAAACCCUCUUAGGGACAGAAUUGUUAUUCAUUUUUGACCCUGAGUGGCAACUACUUGGUAAACACUUAGUCCCUCCUGUGCUUGGUUUUCUCAUGUUCAAUAUAGGAGAAACAUUUAGCUAGCAGGGUUUCAAAAGUGAAGCCUGGCUCGGUGGUGGUUCCAGGGCAAGGGUUUGAAGGUCCAGACACCCCUUUUCAUUAAACCAGUGGAUUUUUUUGCAACCUGUCUGAAACCUGCCUCCCUGCUCCCCCUUAACCCUUUAACUCUCAGAAGUGAUUAACAUGGAACUUCUCCCUAUAAUAUCAAUACACCAUCCUGCAAACAGGUAUUGAGAAAACUUCAACUUAUCAGGUAGUUGUUAUCUGGAUCUAACACUAAAUUCUCAUAACUGAUUUGUAAGGAAAAGUGUAGCAGCUAGAGGGUAGGAUUAAUGAUCAGAUCUUGGGAGUUAAAGGAUUAAAAGAAUUCCUGGAUUCACCCCUGCUGCACUGAAUGACGGAAAAACUUUCAGACAUUUAUGAAGAGAUUAUGUCAAUAUAUCUUUUGGCCUUGCCGUAAAUAUUUUAAUUUACAUUUAUUGUCUCAUUCAAAAAUAGACUGAUAUUUGCUUUAUUCUUUCAUCAAUUUUCUUCUUCCUUAUGUCUGUCCAGAAAAAAUUUCGUAAAAUUUAGCCAAUACUCAAUCAUGUUGAUGACAUCUACAAUUGAUGAUGCUUAUUGACAUAUCAUAAAGUCCUUCUACACUUUCUUUUUUUUUUUAUCCCAAUGCUUUUUAAUUGUAUCUGUUUUCCACUGGAUAGUGGCUUGCCAAGAGUAGUUGUAGACAAGAUUUCCUUGUAGACUAAAUUAUACAUUUUGAUGAAAAAUUUUUGUAAUCAGAGGCACAGGAAGUGGCUGACACAGCUAUUUCAUUGUUUUUGUUGUUAUUAUUAGGUGUCCAUCAAAUGCACCCCUUUCUGAAACCGCCCCCAGCUUUUAAAACACUUGAAAUUGUCAAGGGGUUGAUGGCAAGAUCCAUCUGAAAUGGAAAAUGAAUAACUAAGUCGCAUGAAAAAGUUGCUUACUGCUUUGUGGGAAAUAUAGCGUUAGAGCCAUUUUUAGCUUUUUUUACCUUUGGUAAGUACUUCUCACAACAUUGAAGGUUAAUCUUCUUCCACAAGAACAAUAUUAUAAGCUUCAAGUUCGAUUGGAUAUUGACCAUAUUUUAAAUCUAGAGAUAUCAAAAUUGAUAUGGAUCCGUGUGACUGUCCAUGUUUCAAUACCCGUAAGGCUGCUGGCUGUGUGAGUAUUAUUUAUCUUUUGCUAUGGCCUAUCUCUUUCCUUAAUGCUUUUGUCAACAACAAGAUAUUGGUAUUUUUAGGAAGUUCUGUUAAUUGACCUGCUAUUGAUAUAGACACACCUUGCUGAUGCCCUCAGGAAAACGCUAUAUGUGGUUAUGUAAUAACAUUUUGUUUACGAAUACCUUGUAAGGCUAACACUUACCACCAAGCCUUUAGUCAAAGUUACGCACAUCUGCCGUGGUAUAAUAUAAAACAGUUGUUCUACCAUGAAAGUCAGGGUGGUGUAGAUAACUUGUUAUGUGAAUAAGAAGGAUGAGAAAAUUGGUAUGUAUGUUCAUUUAUAAAAUGUGGUGUCACCAAAUGUAUCAUGAGAUUGAAAAUCAAUAAUUUUCAACUUGAUUUCUAAGAAUAGUACCAUAAAUCAUUAUGUAACUACUAAAUUUUAUGGUCAUUUCAAUGUAUAUGGCAGGAAUAAGCUUGAUUGAAAAGUUGUCUGAUGACUUUAGGUAGCAAUUAUUUUAAACAAAAUAUAAUAAAUUUUCAUGAUGCUGACAAUAAUUAUACUUGGUCCUUUUGGCGUAGAGUUGUAUUAUUCUUUGAACAAGGCAGAUUGCAUGAAUACAUGAGUCUGCCCAGCCAAUAUUACAUGUUCUGAUAUCAUAUACACCACUUGAGUGGUGAUAUCUGUUUUGUGUUUUCCAUUGAUUGAUUGUUAAAAUUGCUUUUUUAUGCUGACAAAUGAUAUCGUAACUAAAAUUAAAACUGUCGUUUUUUUGCUUUAUUGAUCUUCUCUUUUUUUAACCAUACACUAUUUGUUUGGUGUAUUAAUCAAAACUGUAACAAAAUUCUUGGAUGAGAUUGGUAAUCACCAGCCCAAUUUGAGCACUAAUAGGAGAGUGUAUGCGUUAUGCUUGUAAUUGGAAAGUGUAAUAGGAUGGUUAAAGGAACAGUUAACACAUCAUGCCUGUGUAAGUUUACAGAAUGCGUCAUGUGUUCACACUGCAGCAAACCUUUUAUCUGUUUUAUAUAAGGAAAGGCAGCCAUGUAGCAUGAUACAUACCUACAUGUUGGUGAAAACUAUUGACUUCAGAUUCAUCAAAGAGGUUUUGCAUUUUUUCAAAGUUUUUCAACAUUUCUUUGUUUUGAAUUUAUCUAUGAGCACAUUUUAGAAUGAGCAUGAAUUGUGGAAAUGUUUUGAUAUCUUUAUGUUACUUUUUAAAUUUAUUUUCUUUUGAUAAUGGUGGAGAAUUUCUAUGGCUUAAAAUGUCAAAUUGGCAAGGAAACACUGGAAUUCAAAUUUAUCUCCAUGUCAAAAAAUCUGCUGACCAUUAGUUACGGGUGAAAGUGUAUUACCAAUACUUGAAGUUCUUCUACACAGCUACUGUUUGUAAGGAAAACUUAUACUGCAUUGCACAGUGAAAAAAUGAAGAAAGUACUUUGGAAAUCAAAAGAAAUCUCACAUGUUACAAAUCAAAUGAUUCUCACUUAACCCUUUGACUCCCAAGAUCUCAUUAGUAAUUCUCCUUACUGUCUGUCAUAUAGUUUUAGUGAUGUUAGUUUGGAGAAUUUGGUAUUGGAUCAACUAAUAAUUCCCUAAUAAAUAUUUUUCUUUAUCUCAUCACUUGUCUCCUUGAUAUUGUAAUGAUAUUGCAAGGAGAAAUUCUGUCUUGGUCACUCAGGAGUCUUGCAUCAAUCACAUCUGAGAGUUAUGCAAUUAUUAAUCAGGAAAAUUCUAUGUUGCAGAUUCUCCUAGGUUAAUGCAGCUACUACAGUCACGCACACCUCCCAUGUCAGUAAGCCAGACUGUUUGUAGUGAUAUGCCAAGUGAUGCUCAACUCAGUAGUGAUGAAGAUGAGUCUCACAGUGGAACAAGGAGUUCUCCCUAUGUUAAUGUACACUCAACAGAGGCACAUCCUGCUGUGACUGAAUCUUUUGUCAGAUCCUCAGGUAUGCACAGCAGGCCUGUACAGACGGGACCAAUCUGCACAUCACCAGGUAUUAUGUGAUCAAGAACAUUCAUUCUAAAGUCUUCUUAUGAGAUUGUCUUAACCCUUUCAAUCUCAAGAUCUCAUUAAUAAUUCUCUUUACUGUUUGCUGCACAAUUCCUAUGAUGCUACUUUAGGGGAAUUUGGUAUUGGAUCAACUAAUAAUCCCCUAAUUAAUAUUUCUUAAUUAUCAUCACUUGUCAGCCUGAUUUUUUAAUGGUGCACUAUGGAGAAAUUCUGUUUUGGUCACUCAGGAGUUAAAGGAUUAAAUUGAACACAAGAUUACCAGUGUGAGAUUCUGCCCUGUGUUUGUUUUGGUUCACAACUAAACAUUGUUAGGUCACUCAUGUUACUCUUUAUCUUUAAUGUAAAAGAUGGUGAGGUGAGCAGAGUAGCCUGCUAAAUCACAGGACUUAAGAUUGAAUGUGAUUAGAUUUAUGCAAAUGGUUGAUAGAACAUAUCACAGUUUAUUAAGGUUUGAUUUAAGGAUGACAUUGUGAGGAAAAACUAGUUGUUAGUCAUUCAAAAGGGUUAAGGGUUUGAAGAAUAAAACAGCUAAAAUAUUUUGCUUGAAAUAUCAGUAUUAACUUAUUUUUAAAGGUUUCUGCCAAGCUGGUGGAGAGCUAAGACUGGCUUACCUCAACAGUAAAUUAGUACAAGUAUCUGAGGGGUUUAUUCUUGUUGGUGCCAAAUCACCCAUGCUGCCAGGAAUGAUGCUUGUUGCUGAGGUGGACAAGAGAUUUCUGCCAGAUGAGAAGAACAAUGUCACUAUGCUGGGAUUUAGUGGUAACUGUAUUGGGUGUGGAGCCAAGGGCUUUAGAUACUUCACAGAGUUUUCAAGUCAUAUCAAUCUGAAGUUGGCCACACAGCCUAAGAAACAGAAACACUUGAAGUAUUACAUUGUAACUGAACCUAGUGGAAGGCUGCGGAAGGGACUGGCUAUUCCAUGGAAAGGUUUGAACCUUCUUGUUUAUUAAAUUGUUUAACCUUGUAAAUCCUUACAAUAGACAAUUAUUCUUCAUAUGUUCUCUUUAUAUUUCUUGUAGUACUGACAAAGUAUGUUUGGCUAAGAAUUAAACAGAUUUUUUGUCAACGAUCAUUUGCUUUAUUCUCCUGAGCCUGCAGUAGGAUUCAGCUGUAAUGAUGUCAGGGGAAAUUAGAUGCUAGUCUCUCUUAGAGGUUAAUCCUUUGACCCCAGCAUCUAAACUGACUAGCAUCUAAUUUCUCUUUACAAUAUCACCCCUGAAUCACCCGUUUAGGUCAGGAGAACAAAGGAGGUGAUAUCCGACUAAACAGGCUCUUGAUUGUUAAACAAAUUGUCCUUGUCAGCACUUAAGGAAAUUUAUUAAGAACAGUAUGGAGAAUAUUUAUACUGGUGUUAGGGGGUGAAAGGUGAAGUUGUCACCCAUUUCCCUGUAACAUGUAUGACGCAAACAUAAACACCAGCAAAGUGCACUUCUGGCCUUCUUGCACUAGCUUCCAAUCAGUGGCAGGCCGUUUUUAACUCAGGGAUGCUUUUCCAAAGUGGGAGAACAAGGAGAUAAUGCUGAGAGCAGUUUUUAGAGGACUGGGCUUGAAUUUCAAGUUCCCAGGCUCAAAACACCCAGCCCGGCGCAUUCGUCUUUUUGUAUAGCUAAGUGGAACUCCUCAACUUAACUGCCUUUUGUCAACUGCACUCAUUCAGUCAUGCUACGUGUUUGGCUGUAAUUAUAUGUCUUUAUGACAUUGGUAAUAUAAUGCAAUAUAGUUGAAAGACUGAUAAAGCGCAGUGAACGAAAGUAAUUAAAAAAAGUAAGUCUUUUUGCAGGCAAUCCCAAGCACUGUGAAUUGGAGCAGCAUAAAUGUUAACAGUGUUCAGUUAUGUCACUGAAUGUCACAUUGGUUUUAGUAUAUCGUUUGCAAUGUCGUCGAUGACCUCUGAUAAUGCACUCAUAGUUGAUUUUUUUUCUAAAAAUAAUUCCUGCUGUGCUUAUUUUUGAUGGCAGUCGAAGGUAGAAAACGGACCUUCCCACUCACAGGGCCUUAUGUACCGGCUGCGUAUACCUCAGCUAAAACUGAGCCGUCCAAUGAGAUGCCGCGUCCUCAUGUUACAUCAGGUAAUAAGGCGUGGAACUUCUCUGAUCUCUGCAUAUUUUGAUAAUCAUUAUCAAUUGUUUAUUUACUAGUAUCCUUGUUAAUAUUUCAAUGAUGCCACCACUAUUUUCGAGGUCACAGAGAAAAUUAGGAAACGAAGUAUUCAAAAUUCCCUCCCCCUCUCCCCCCUCCCCCCUCCCCCGACCCCCUACCUCCUCCUCCCCUUGAAGUUAGCUCCCCAUUCAAAUCACGAAAAAUUGAACAAAUGCUGAAGAAAUGACGGCAAUGGCAGUGUUUAUAACUUGUGGUAUUUGUUUUCAGCCCCUCAUCACUUGCUUCCUCGACAAUCUCAUUCGCCUUCCGUGUCACGGCAGGGAUCUGCAUCACCCAGAGAUGAAGGCCUUCUGUUGAAGCCGUCGUCCAGUCAGAGCACUCAAGCUGAGCAAUCUUAUCAUCCAGUCAUGUCAGUAAAACGAAGACGCUGGGGGUCUGUCGGCAGCGAGUCGCCUCUGGAAAGUGGUGAGAACCUGAUCAUCUCAAUGCUAUUUUCAAUUGGGUGUCGAAGGCAGCCUGGGAUUAUAUUUAGUUUUGUGUCUUUUUGUAACUGAUCGAGGAAAGAAGUGCCCCUUUUUCAACUAUUCAGAUGCAAAACCAAAACUGAUCGGGACUCGUUCUGUCGCGGCUUCCUGCGCUUGACGCGGUCUGCAUAACAAUAACGCUGAGCUCUCUUCGGCUCGGCUUAUUUAUAAGUGAUAUUAUCUUCUUUUGUGAAUUAAUGCGGUUUGGUGUUUACGAGACUCAUUCGAAUUGCUCUCCAACUUCCCGCAGAUGAUGGUCAUUCCAGUGACACAGCACGAUCAUCGGCACAAGGAUCUGAUUCAGGAGAGCUGCCAUCCACACCCUGGCUUACCGCAGCCUGUGGAGUUCGUCCAGUUCUUCUGUUAUGUCAGCACUCCAUACCCAAAAUACCCUGCAGCGUGGAGGACAUCAUUAUCAGUGACCUUCUGGUUGGAUGUUUCAACCCGCCCCUCGUCUCGGAUCGCAAUCAGUUUGGAAACAUGUCAGGUGUGUACAGCACGGGUUCGGCUGCAUCAGCGGAGAGUCAGAUAGCCAGGUCUUACUAUAACAGCGUUCCCAAUCUAACAACUCAGAUGGCCGUGCUUCUGAUGGUCCAAUAUCUUUCCCAGUUUGUCCAUGAUGAUCGCAUCAGUCGGGAGGACGUGGAGUCAUUACUCCAGGAUGCCAGGCUGGAGUUGACCGCAACUGCUCAGCAGCAGUCCCAGUCCCACCUACUCGCCCAAAGCAAUGCGGUCACUCACGUUCAACUUCCAGUGUUGGCAAGCCUAACGGCGGCCAACUCCAAAGGGCGAGUGAAAAUCGUAUCUUCGCCUGUGUCUUUAGAUAAUGCAAUUUUCAGAGCCUUGAAGUUUGUGUUAGAAAUUCAUAGACACAAUCAGUCUAAGUUUCCCAAAGUACCAGUGCCUGACUUUAUUUUUGUAUUGGCCAUUUCGCAGAAGAAAUCGCCAGAGUUUUGCGUGCUAGUCACCAGCGUUCUUCAGGCUAAGUAUUUGUCCGAGGCUAUGAUAGGUCAUCCUGUUGGCGCACGGAUUGUAGACAAUCUUAGCAGACUUGAACAGCUUUUUAAGCUUUCUAGCGACGCUCUCGAGCAAAUGAUCGGCAACUUUGAGGAAGCCAUGGGUCAGGGGCAGUUUGUGUUUGUUCCUUUCAACGGUUUUGCAAGAACGAAGGUGGUCGCCGAGGAGGCAUCGAAACUGGAACCUAGAGCUCCGGCAUCAGCCUAUCCACAUCAGCGAGACACUUUGUUCGCCAGCCAGCAUCUUAUCGCAAAGCAACUUCUGGCCCAAGUUUGUACUAUUGGGGAGAAUAUUAACUCGCUUGACUUGAACAGUUUCACGGCCGUGUCGAUGGCUAUCAUUGUGCCUCCAUUAACAACGCUGUUUAACCAAACCACUGAGAGGCUCAGCAAAUCUGGACUCCUGACCGAGCUAGACCUGGAAACUGCUGAGAUAGCUGCUCUAUUCAAAACAGCUUCAAAAUAUGUCAUCAAACACAGUGGAAAGGAGGAGACUGAAGGAGAGUUGUUUGAGCUUUUAAAACAAGUACAGAGCCAGCCUAAAGUUCUAUUUGUGGUCACGUUUGAUCAGGCGCAGUUCUAUGCCAGUCCUCAAGGUGUUCUAGAUCUUCCGUACUAUAAAGAGUUUUUGGAAGCUCGUAACGUGAUAGCGCUCUUUGUGACGGCAACACCCUACCUCUUUCAAACCAACUGCUCAUUCGUUGAUCCCAAUAACGAGGUCUACUGGUCUGAUAUUAGAAAUGAGACUGGUAAGUAUUCACUUUAGUGAACGAAAUCUGUGUAGGCAUAUUCGUGAGGUUACCUAUACUGGGGUUGAAACAAACAUGUUGACGUUCUUUUGGGGUAAUAAGAAAGAACUUUUAUUUUGGGAUUUUCACUUGUGUGGAAAGCAAUCCGGGAUUUCUUUGUUUUUCUUUACUUCGCUCUGUGAUUGGUCCUUAAAACUCGCGCCAACUUCUCUACCGAUCAGACUCAAAAUUAGUUCGGUCACUCGGGUUUUCCUGCGUUUCAGAUAGUUAACUUGUUCUUAUUGGCUCCUCGUAAUGUUUUCUUUCCUAUGAUUGGCUGAAGUGAUUGCUUGGGUUUUGGUUUAAGACUCAAUCGAAAAGAGCUUUAGUUGUAACGUGUUUUCAAUCAUUUUUCCUCCAUACUAGAUGGAGUUUCCUCAAGCGUGGUGGAAAACGUUCAUAACUUGGAGACUAAUGAAGGCACGUAUUUUGGAAUGAAGGAAUAUUGCGAGUCUAUCAAAUGGACGCACCAGUUUCCAUUGGUGAGGCAGGAUGAUGCGUUUGAGAAAAUGGCCGUGAGGACCAGCAGGUAAAGAAGAGAAGCUAAGAUUUAAUCAAUCCGAUCCAUUAAAAUAUUCUUUGCCCACCUUGCGGCUUUGGUUCUUAACACUGUUUGGCACAAUUGCUUGUAUUUAGACCCACAGUUCUUUUUUUUAAAUGCGAUUGGUUGAUGUUGUACCGGUGAUCCAGGUAACAGUGAUGGCGUUGCGACGGAGAUGUGGUUCUCCAGGAUGAAAGUAGUUUCCAUUACUCAAAUCUUUGCCAUUAUUUUUGCACAGAACCACUGAUGAUGUCAACCUAAGUGUCCUGAGGUGCUAUCUUCUCAUCCGACACUACUGCGCCGCUAUCAUGUGGUCAGCGGGUAUCAAGCCGGCCGAGCCACACUGCACAUUAAAGACAAUACAGAUUAUGAGAGAGAUCAUCGAGUCUCCAGUACAUAAUGCUGAUGGCAGCGGUGCCAUGUUGGUGAUACGCAUUCCCUCCUUAGAACUUUCUAACCUGGCGUUUGAGAGCCUGAAAAACACUCGUGAUAGGUUAGUUAACUCUUUGACUUCUAAGAGUGAUUAUCAUCCAAUUUCUCCUUACAAUAUCACCCCUGCAGCACACAUUAAGGUCCUCUGAGAAUAGAGUAAAUGAUCAAAUGGAAGAAGCUAUUGAUUGUUGAACAAAUUCUCCUUUUUAGAACCUUAGGAGAUAGAUAGAGAGUAGAGUGGAGAAUAUAGGUAAUGAUGUUUGGGUUAAGUUCGCUGUUCAUUGAAAUUCAUAACACCUAGAUACCUUGACACCUCUCAAUCUCUUAAUUUAUAAGGCUCAUAUUUCGAGUUAAAAAUCUGCAAAACUGCUUUAAAGAAGGCGAGGAUAUUGAAGACCGAAGGGAGAGCGCUGAAGGAAUGAAACGUAACUUGUACUCUCGUUCAUUCGUUUGUUUUUGUUGUUUGGUUCGGGUGUUUGAAACUGAUGAUACAGUCGUCUUGUUUGAGCCUUAAAAUUUGUGCGAGACACAAAGGGACACACUUUGUCCACAUGAAUAACAUUCCUGAUCUCUAUCAGCAACACUUAACCUCAAACAAUGUUGUUUUUGUUAUGUAGGCUUGGAUUUCAGUUUAGAUUUGCGAUCAUUCACGACAAUGGUUAUAGUGAACUGGAAAUGGAGGAGUAUUUCCUGACUCGGCUAAGAUGGUGGAGAGAACACAGAGGUCAGUAUGACUAACUAACAUGAAAUUACUUCAGUCACCGAUAUAAUCUUAGUAAAACGUAUUCGAGUUUUAUGGUAUACGGAGAUCUCGUUCCCAGGAUCCUCUCCUCUUGAGAUCGAGGUUGAUGCAUAAGGGGGAGUAAUGAGAGUUACAGUAAAGUUUGGCAAUCUUCGUUGAAAAGUUAAGCCUUAAAUUUUCAAGGUCGUCAUUUGCAAUCAGCUCCAAUCUUUUCCAUCCUGAGCUAUUCGUAAUCCCUUUUUGUUAACUAUUGUCUCGUGUACGUUUUUCCUCCUUGCCCGAAAAUAUUUUGUACUCUCCAUGAAGUUGAAGGUAGUUUUGCAUGUCAAAAAAAAUGGAGACAAACUUUGCUGACACAUAGAAGCUCCUCAAGAAGUGCACGAAAUAGAGGAAACUUUGUCAGUUAACAGAUACGAGGACCCUAGCUGCGUUGCUGUUUUUUAUUUGAUUCUUUCGCAUGUCUCUUCCCUUAAAAACCUCUCACUUGACAGAAAUAAUGAGGAAAUGACCUGCGACCCACGUGGCAUUUUUCUAGUAAUGGUAGCCAUGAUAUCUUGCAGUGUUGUUAAGUUGUCUAAUGUUAUUUGUUUUGCCACUUUGAUUUACCAUUCCAGGUUCGUCAGAAGGCAAGAUUGAGCCUGCAAAGGAAUGGAGCCCAAAGUGCUUUGAAGAUCUUCACGAUCUUCCUUGUAUUAUCAUCAUUAGCGGCAGAGAGAGGCCUGGGGACACUUUUCCGAGGUUUGUGAGAGCCAUGCUACCGCUAGUUAUGGGUAUUAAAGGUCCGGUUUACAAGCGGUGCACUUGCAUCGCUACCAGGAGGAGUGGAGAUGCAAGUGCAACAGGAUGAGCUCUGGUACGAGCAGGUCUCUGAGUGGGUAAGACUGAUUUAACCGUAAGUUGAUUACGGCUUCAUUAAUCUAUAUUUUGGUCCACAGAUCCUUGAAAUAUAUCGACUUGCGGUUGAUAGACCGAGGAUUUGUAUAUCGUUCAUCCCUGGAGCUGGAAUUCAGUGCUAUCGCCUGUUACAUCGGUUCUGGAUCUGGUUCAAGAAGCGUUGAUGGCAGCAGUGAGUCCAGCGGGCCGACCAGCGCAGACGGAAAAGACGAGUCAAACACAGGCAGUGGAACCGUGUGCAGAACAAGUCAUUACUCUUCCAACUAUCCUUUACCCGUGAUUCUUGUGUCCCGCUCCGUCUUCAAAGCAUUCCAGUCAGAUUUCUACGGAUACCCAAAGCAUUUGCUGCUUCCCACAACUCCGCAGACGCGCUGGGCGGGGCUUGGACGCCCUCCCGUUGUGACGUCAAAUCCGCGUCACCAGUCGCUUUACUACAGAGAGUGGACUGAACCCAAGCCCAAGCAAGUCCCAGGCCCUCAGCAGGACUCGGCCAAUCGACAGCCAGUGAUAACUUUAAGAAGUGCAAGUGGAGUCGUAAUAAGCCCGGAUAUCGCUGGUAAGUUUGUUUCCUUGGCAACCAUGUCGUCAACGAGUGCGGAUCUAGAGAGAGGCGCCAAUGGAGCUUUGGCUCCCCAUUUUUCUGGAAUUGUAAUUUUUUAUUUGCAAUGUGGGGAUGUUUGAGUGAACGUUAUCUGUUUGCUGGUGUGAAGUGAGAUUGUAAUCUUACGGCGUCUUCUUGCAGAACUCUCUGGGUCCAAACUUAUCCAGUAAAGGAGUUAUUUCAUUUUUCAUUUAGUAGUAAGCAAGGCGUCAAUGUAAUGUUAACGGUGAAAAAAAACGGCAAUAAUCAAAACAAGUUUAGGCUAGCUCCUGUGCAACAUCUUGUGCAACAAAGAAAUAAUUCAGCUACGUUCGUAGAUUAUGAAUCGUGAAUCGCAAGCUGACUUCAAAUGUUGAUUUUUCCUUGCAGACGUUGUGGAAGAAGAUGGAAUGUCUGCCGUGGAGUCCUUUGCAGAAAGCAACAGAAUGACUUCAAGUGAGUUUAAUUCAUAAAUGCGAAAAAAAAAACACACACACAAAAAAAAUAUUAUUAUAGGAACUAACAGCUGCAUGUAGGUGUCCCAGUUUUCCUACAAAAUUUUUACAGUUUACCCUAACAGUUCGUUUUUAAGCUUUUCACUCCUUGAAGAAUGGAGGCCUCGUGAGUGUAAAAUAUCCAGCCAAGGCUUUAAAUUAAACUGCUCUGUCAGGAACUCAGUGCGCUAACCAAUUCUUGGAAGCGUCUCCUACCUGUCACAAAAACCCCUUGCGUUCUUGUAGCGAACCAAGUACAAGUGGAGUCGGAUUUUACAUAACGAAAGUGCAGCAGCUGAUUUGAACGCUGAAACAAAUACAUGAUAGUGCGUACGAAUGCGAGUUAUGCCUGAGUAUGUUUACAUGACUGAUCUUCCUCGCCCCGAUAAAGCAGUAAUCGAGUGUCGAAAACCCACAACCACAACUUCCAAUCAGAACAAAGAUGAUCAUGAUCAUUAACCAAUGAGAACUCAAAGUAAAAACAGGAAACCUGCGCUGGAAAACCUGAGUUGGGAAUGGUUCUAGUUUUGCAUUUGAUUGGUUAAGAUGGUGGCGCGAGUUUUCUUGACCAAUCACAGAGAGAAGUAAAGCAAAACCAAAGCCAUCCGGGAUCAAUUGAAAACUGCUCUAUUGUACUGUAUUAAUCUGUUGCACCAGUUUGUUAUAAAUGUUGUGCCAUAUGACGUACCAUAUGAUACAGAUGAUGAAAAGUUUGGGCGUUUGAGACUCUUUACGAAUAUUGUGCGGGCUUUCAGAUAUUGUUAAAUUUAAAGUGUUGUGUAUUUGUUUUUUCAUCGCUGAAGUGAGUACCAGUGAGGGAGAGGAAAGUGGUGGCGAAGAUUCCAAGUCUGCUGUUGAAAAUGUGAUAACAAAGAAACCUAGAAACGAUUUAGAGGCCGGCGAAAAGCAAGGACAUCAACCAGUGUUUGGUAAGUGGUGAUUUAACAGAGCGGUUAUCAUCACUGACGAAAUUAACCUGUGAAAGUGCGGAGAUAAAUCAAGUUACCUUUAAUGAACGCAAGAGAGAUGUCGUGAACCAAGUGACGUCUUUUUUCAAACUUACCUUCGUUUUACUGGAGGAAAUCUGAAACCUAAUGUUUUUCUUUUGAUUUUUGAAAGUCUAUCGCAAAAACACUCCAUACCUGUACUCUUUUUUUCGGCUAUCAUUCCUAAGAGCAUUGAGUACUCCGGCGUGGGGCCACUGUAUGUCAGAAUAUCACUUUAAUUUGACCUGGAUAUCUCGAGCUAAGGCUACCCUCCCCCUUCCCCCCUCCCCCCUUAGUUCGCACUUGUUUCUGUAAGUCACUCAAAUGUUAUCUCAGAUACUUCGAACUUAAACCGUCUCUCCGGGUUUGUACCUGUAUCUGUAUUUGAAUGUUAUUUAAUCUUGGAUAUCUCAAACGUAGGUUGUGUCCUCGUGCGUGGAUAUUGUCAUUGUGUAACUGUCAGUUAUCGUUGAUGUCUCGACCUUAGGCCGUGAGCUAAGGCAUGAAUGGCGGGAGGGGGGAAGGCAGCAUCUAACUUUAAUUCAACUCAAGAUUUCGUGAAUUUACGCCGCCACGUGGGUUGAAUCAAUUUUAAGUUGCUUAGAGCAUCUCGACCCGUCUUUUAAGGAUCCUAGAUCCUAGCAGCUUACUGAGAAGAAGAAUCUGCGCAAUUUGAAAAAUUUUGCGGUAAAUUUCCCACUUCUCGUGCUUCCUUUAGGUGCCGCUCUUCUGCAUCGUCUUUAUGGCAUGGCAGCUAGCCCGCGGCAAGACUCGAUCAACGGCGAGGCAGUUGUACACAGUAGCAGCAGCAGAGAUGAGGCAGAGCCAGCCAGAACUGAGAGAUACCAUCCAAGAUCGAUUCUGUUCAGUGGACCGCCACAGGUAAUGUUGAGUACAUAGCACAAACAGAGAGCUGGUUCCUCCAGAACCCGAGCUUUACCUUUUACACCUUAACAUCAGUAUGCGUAUCCUCCAUACUGUUCUCUAUACAUUUCCUAAGGCACUGACGAGGAGAAUUUGUUUAACAAUCAAGAGCUUCUUAAGUUGGUGACCAUUUCCUUUAUUCUCAUGACCUUAAUGUGUGAUUCAGGGGUGAUAUUGUAGGGAGAAUUUAGAUGCUAGUCACUCUUAGGGGUCAAGGGGUUAAGUGGUUUCCAAGUGGUGAUAGGUUCUAUUGCUUUUCAAAACUAAUCUUCCUUUCAAUUUUUGUGGUCGAGAACUUCUAUUGGACCCAAUUGUCAUGACUUUUUGUCAUUCAUCAAUAACUGUGAAGUGUCUACAGUUUUGUCUUGGAUUUUGUAAAUAAAGGCCUUCUCGCACCUCUGUUUUUUAAUUUUAUAGGUCGGAAAAACUCACGCUUACCUCCAUUUUGUUCGUCUUCUGCAUCAAAUGGUUCAGAAACUACGGCGAGUGGAUGUGUACGAUGAAACUAUCAGUAUCCCUGACGAAAGUUCUUCACAAACCACACCCACCCCCUUAGAGAACGACCAAGAGAGAAUGGCAUGGCCCGUGUAUAAGGAAGUGUCUAAGCUUCCUUUCAAUUGUGUCCUACGCGAACACCGAUCCAGUGGAACAAGCCAGCUUCGGAUCAAUGCCUCGAUAAUGAACACUGUGUCCGGAGACACUUCCGGUCAGCCCCUUUCAAUCAAACUGUCUCCAGGGCGACCAACCUGUCCCAUGAUGCUUUCGAACUGGGCAGCAUACGACAUAUAUCACCACUGCGACAGUUGUAGGAAUUACCGUGAAGGAAUGGGAAUGAAUACGUCGUUGAGUUGCGUGUACACAUUGCAGUGUGGAGAGAAGCUGCAGUUUAUUAUACCGCAUAGGUGUUUACAUAGCUUUACCUUCACUAAGGAGAAGCAGCUACGGAGCUUCCGCCUUCCUGUGGUGCUAACGGGAGGCCAUGGCGAGGUUUUGAAGCCGCUGAAGACGGAGUCAGGAGGGACAGUAGGAGUCGUUAAGAGUCCCAUAAUGAUGCCGAGCACAGGAAGGCAUGAAUAUGGUGAGAGCAAUUUUGUGUCUUUGCUAUUCAGGAAGUUGAACCCUCACGGGAUUAUAUAAAACCUCGUUGUUUCCAUGAGUAUGAUGGAAACUUUCAAAUUGUAUUUUGAAAUGGAAAUGUUUCGUCGAUAAUAAAGUGACGUUUGUCCACAUUUAAAUUAAUUUAAAAAGCAAGGGGGAACAUAUCUCUAAUGCAACACAAGUUUUAAACAGCUCAAGGUCACUGAUCGACGGAAUUUUGCUGACCUUUUCACAUCCUUGUUGUUAUCCAAACCAGACAAUGCGAUGCAUCGCAUGCACUCAGUAUGCAUGUAACAAAUUACGCAGUUGUGACUUGCCAAAGGUUUCCUUUCCAUGAAUUUAAUUGAGUGGCAACAACGAUGUAAACCUGUGAAAUGAAUUUGUCUGAUCAGAGUAUAAAAUCUUGCGUCAGUUUGUGUGCGUCUUAAUCCAUCUCCACUCUCGUCACUAGCUGUUCUAUGUCUUCAUCUCCCAAUGGCUAAUCUACUUUGAAACGAGGCCUGUUUUUUUUUUUUGGUAAUCUGCUAUUGCAAAAACUUCAACUGGCCGGUCAGUUUUUUUUUCUGGGGUCAUAAACGAGUUUGCGCAUUUCGACUGCAAAACGAUGGGAAAUAAAAACUUGUUAAGAUAAUAAUUUGGGAAGAACAACUGGCUGUUGUGAAUUCGGGUUUACGAAGGAAAAGUUUUCUUGACAAGAUUAUUUAAGGUGUGUGUUCGUUAACAUUUUUUAGGCCUGCUAAACCUGUACCACGCAUUUGAAGGAGAGGAUCACACCCUACUUGUGUUUGUUAAGCACCAAGAAAUGGCCCUCUACCAGAAGACCUGGCCUAAUCACGUGAUCGUUGGGCUUCCUGUGAGCGCUGACACGCAGGGACUGGGAGCUGCACGAUAUUACAUAAAGGUAAGACGACAGUUACUAUGAGAUGACGCGAAAUUUGGCUGAGGAUGCAAGCGCGAAAGGGUUAUACUUUAUAAUGUUUUCUGAGGCGUAACAGACAGGCAUUUCGUAUGAUACUAGAACAGUUGUCCGUUGCGAAAAUGUGUUAUGUCUCGAAUACAGGUCGUGGAAAUCGCGAUUCCUUUGUUGACCCAGGACCUACUAGGGGUCCAUGAAAAACGUUUGGUGCGCAAAUUCUUUAAACUCCGGGUCGGAAAAGUGUUAGGACAGAAGUCAGAUUUAACACAACAUCGAUCUACUUCGCGAUGGCAGCCUAGAUGGUCAACGCCUUAGUGUUUUGUUUGGUGCGUAUUUCUUGCUGUUUUAUCUGGUCUGGUUUUUCCUUGCUCAAUUGUUAUCGUGUUGGAUUACAGCGUCAUGAUUGUCGAUGUCCCUUUGCAGGAAUUUGCCACGGAGAACUGGCUUGUAGAGCGUGAACGACAUGCAAUUGAUGGCAAACGCGGCCAGGAUGUGUGGCCCUUUAUUGUCAUGAUGGACGACUCUUGUGUCAUGUGGCAGAACCUUCUCAAACAGACUAAGUAAGUAGAGAUUUUAAGUAUGGGGAAAUAUUUAAAAAUUGAUUUUAAAGAUUUUAAAGACCAUUAUAGAUAUAGAUAUUUUUUUCCACGUCUCUCUUUUGCGUGUUUGAAGACAGCGUCAUGGUAGUUCGUGACGACGAGAACGUUUUUUUCAUUUCUCUUCCAUUCUUGCUUGAUGUCAUUUCACUUUAUUAAAAUAUAUGCCUUGACAAUUGUGGAGGAAGAACAACCGAAAACCGCAUAAUUGCGUGGACGAGAGAGAAGCGGUGACUUGGAGAAAUAAAGGCUAACGUCUGAAAAACCGUAUGCGUUGUAGGUUAUUUGGUUGUUUUAUUGAAUGUAAUCUCUGGGUUUUGCGAUAGAUAGGGUUUUGCGAACUGCAAAAACACAGUCGAAGACAUCACAACUGAAUAAUACGGUAAACGUCCACUCCGAACAAAGAAAAAUGUCUCAAGAGUCUACUGAGAGCUCAAAGUAUAAAUAAAAUAAACUAACGAACUGUUUGAAGCGUGUAGUAACGGUAGUGACCAAGUUACGUUGGGUUUUGGUUUGCCAUCUGAUUUGUUGUGAGGGUGCCACUAGUUUCCAGACUAUCACAGAGCGAAGUAAGAUUUUCUUUAAAAUGACGGCAAUUUUCUACACAAAAAAUUUGUUACGUCAUAGUCCUAAUUAGAUUUCUCCAUGUGUUUGGCUUUAGAGAGGAGCCCUCCGUCAAAGAGGUUGAAGGUCCUUCAUUUGUGAUGACCUCCCUCUGGAGGGUACUUCAACAUUUGGAAAACACGCCAGACCUUCUAAACUACGGCAUGUUAGGCCUGCAGCAGUAUAGCGCCGACGCCUCGAUACCUGUUUCACAAGGCUCCUUCUCACAUUGUCCCUUGCAUACCACGGUCAUGUUAAACCUGAGCAAGCUGCAGGGGAUCAAGUACAACCCGAACCGAUACUGGUGGGAAGACCUCGACCUGAGUCUUCACGUGUUGGCCAGCGGAAUACCCACCUGCCGCUUCAACCACUUGGUCGUUGCUAAGAAACGCAUCCAGACAGGGGGUGCCGUCGCCUUCAAUGAGGAGCCAGCCCAAAGUGCUGACAAAGGCAGUCCUAACAGAGAGACGCAUCCCGGCGAUUUAUUAGUGACUGCCCCUGACCGCGAGGAUACACCCUAUCUCUCUGUACCUGCCUACUACCUCCUAGAGCGCUACCUUGAGCUAAUGGGUUCAGUGCGACUCUUUCCCGAGGCUGUGGAUAAACCAGAGCAUCCAGUUCUGGUGGUGGACUGUUACGUUAAUCUCGGUCCAAGGGUUUGUUUAGAGUUUGUCAGUUCACAUGGCUGGGACAAAAGCAAGAAGAAGGAUAACGAAGGCAUCAGGUGUGACUGUUUGUUGCAUUCCUUGAAGGAGCCAUUCGUCACUUUGAGUGUUACUAGAAAUCUUUCCCCACGACGAAAUUGUGACAAAAUUGUAAUUGACAAAAUGGAAUGCGGAAUAGUAGCUCAUACUUUUCGCUGCGGUGAAAUCUAGUGCAAGUUGAUUUUUUUUUCCUUCACCUCAAAUGUAUACGUGUCUCUCUAGUUAACUCAAACUUCUGCUAUUAGUUCAAUUUCUUAUGAUUAUUUUCCAGGUAUGGAGGACUGUUGCUAUAUUUCUGUAGCCGUUCAGUUUCAGCGGCCUUCCUGUCGCAAUUCAAGUUCGCUCCAGGCUCUCGCCUUUGCCUGGUGUGCCAAGACCGAAACACGCUCAGACAGGAAGUGGCACGAUUAGACUUGGAGGAUCAUUGGCGCUUCCGGUUAAGGGACGAAUUUCAGACGGCGAAUAGCCCGGAUGAACCUGCGCUUUACUUUCUUACUGGAAGAUAUGAUGCUCAGGAAAACUGAAAACUUAGUUUUCCUACGAACAGGGUAGAGGCUUAUCAUUCGCGCUCCGGCCUCAGAACACAAUCAAGAUAUGGCCUUAUACUCAUCUGCGAUUUACGACAUUUUAAAUGCUCGUUUCUUUAGGCUCAGAAGAUCCGCUGGCUAACAAAAAUGGCGUCUACGAGUUUUCGCUUGGCAAGUAAAUGUUAGUGACAAUGUUUAAAGCUUACAGAGUUGAUAUACAGAGUAGACUUUUUUGCCUCGCUUUACUGGUUUAUUAAUUUUCAUGUAAAUAUUUAUUUGGCGAUAGAUUCUCUUUCUGUGAAAGAAUCUAAAGACUGUAAUCCUUUUUUCAGGCACAUGAACUUAGCCAAAUUAUUCUAUUUAAUGAUAAAAAUCUUUGCCUACCGUGUGGUUUGGCAAGUGAAGAGUACAGUUUUAAAGAAAACUGCGUGCGAGUUGGAGAGAAAAAAAUUUAGAAUAUUGUUAGGGUUACACGUUCGAAAGCUAGUUUCAGUGUAGAAGUGGCGACCGUUACUUCUCGCUGUUUUGCGCAUUGUGCUCGCCAAGCUCAUGAAAUUUUCCAAGAAGUAGAAUUUUUAAAAAGAUAUUAAAUAACCUUAACGGGGGAGCAUUUUACUUCAAUUUUUUUAAAAAAAAAGGCAAACAUUUCAUAUCAUUGAAAAUUAUUAUAGUUAUAAUUGUCAUCAUUACAUAUUUUAUAACUUUCGUUAUAACUGUCAUAUUUUUGGACUAUUAUGUUUAUUGUUAUACAUAGCCAUACGUGUAGAUUAGAAUUUCCGAACGGAGAUUGAAGUAACGAGUUAAAAUUGUAAGUUAUGUUGUAUAUACUUCCAAGUUAUGCGCCUACUCUGUAUCGUUAUAGUGACUAACUGUAUAGCUGGAUUUUCCUUGGAUUUUCUUUUGCUUUAUAAUUCGCUCACGUCAGUCUAAACACUGGUCGAAGAAAUUUUUAAUCUAGUUUCCAAAGUAAUAUGAUAUUCCAGUAGUUUUGCUUCUCUGUAAAGGAGAGGACACUUACUUGUGGGAUCAGUAACGUGCUUCCGCUUUAGGGUUCUCAUUUCUUAUAUUUGUGGCAUUCAUCUUUGUUUUGACUUUUACGGUAG